AUGGACUCUCCAACCACCUGCUAUGACGUCCUCAUCCUCGGGGAUGGUCCCGCCGGCCUGUCUGCCGCCCUCACUUUGGCUCGCGGCGAUCGUUCUGCUAUCCUCCUAAGCUCGGGAUCCUACCGCAAUCGCGGCGUGGCUGCUCUCCAUAGUGUCCUUGGCCACGAUGGCGAGAGCCCCGAGCAGUUUCGCGCUGGAGCUCGAGAGCAGCUGCGGCAGAAGUACCCAAACAUCGUGAUGGCCGAAGGAGAGAUGAUUGUGCAGGCACGCCAAGUCGACUUCUCUUAUCAGGGGCGCAGCCUAAAGGGCUUCCGCUUACAAUCGGCGGGAGGCAGAUCUUUCUAUGGGCGCAAGCUGAUCUGGGCGGCCGGGGCUCGUGAUUGUUUCCCAGAAGAUGUGCCUGGCUCUGCUGCCUGCUGGCCAUCUCAUAUCCAUCACUGUCUCUUUUGUGAUGGGCUGGAGCAGAUCCGAGAGCGGCCAGAAGCGGGCGUGGCCGUGUUGGCAUAUCCCUGGAAACCCAUCUAUGGCUACUUGGCCAUGCAGGUGGCGUCGUUACAGCCUGCUCGAGUCGUCGUUUUGACCAAUGGCGAUAUACCUGAGCACGAGCAAGAGGCUGUGGAUAAGGCGUUGCGACUCGCCCGCGGCGUUGGCUGUACCGUCGAGAAUCGCCGAAUCUCACAGCUUCGCCUCUCUGAUUCCACUGAAUCUAGCCUGGUGACGGUGGAUUUCACUGAUGGGUCUCACGACGAGUUUGUAUUCCUCAUCAACAAGCCUAAAACCGAUAUCACCUCUCGAGGGCUCGUCGAGCAGUUGGGACUCGAGCUUGAGGAUACGCCGCACCUCGGAACCAUCAUCAAGCGUCGUGAGCCCUGUGGCGAGACGAACAUUCCGGGCCUCUACGUGAUUGGUGAUGCAGGAACACACGCCAAGCAGAUUGUGAUAGCCAUGGCGCAGGGCGGGUAUGCGGUGGAUAGCUUGUGGGGGGAAUUGCUUACAGAGGAUGCUGAAAGGAAGAUCCAGGAGGCGGGAGGCGGUGCUGGUGUAUAGCUCUCAGAGUAGCUGGAGAGUGAUAGUCUGGC